GCAUCAGCACUGGAGAUGCACGCCGGCUGGAAGCUCAAGCUGCCAACACAAGUAGAAGAAACUGGAGAAAACCGAGACGGCGAUGUUCCGCAACUCUUCUUCUACAUCUUGAUUUUCCCGCAAUGUGUUUGUAUUUGGAUUAAGUUUCCACGUCAUUUCGAGUGGCGCGCUGGCUGUGGGGAAACAUGAGGAUAACUGUCGGUUCCCGUGGAUGAUGAUGCCCCACGAUGAAUGCAGAUUUUCAAAAUCCACUGCAAGUCCCUCGACCAAAGGUUCGCAGUCAUUUGACCAUCAAAGUGAAGUCCAAACUGAUGUCCAAACCGUGUCCCCCUGUCCGUGGUCCAAAACCUCCUGUCGCCCCCAAACCCUCCCCCCCACAGAGGCUGAGUAACGGAGACCUGGAUCAUUCCGAUGGGGAGACCGAAGAGCUCCAGGAAAUGGCUGGGGAGAAUCAGGACAAAGAGGAGGAAAGUGAUGCAGAGGAUGGGGUUCAUGACAAUGGAAGCAAUGAUAUAGAGGAAGUAGCAGGAGGAGAAAUUGAGGAGAAAAAGGAAAAAGAAGUAGACAUACUAGAUAAUGAUUGUGACAGCGUUGGCUCUGAAGACACGGUAAAAGCAGAUGAUGGUUCUACUGUUGAAACUACUGAGGAGGAAAACACUGACAAUGACUUGAACCAGCUUGAAGGUGUCAAUCGCACUGAUGAGAAUACAUCAACACCUUCUCCUCCUCUUGCUGAAACCAAGGAUGAAACAGGAGAGGAAGCAGAAGAGGAGGAGAAGAGAAGUUUUAGGGAAAAUAGUGAAAUAGUUAAUGGCUCCUCAGGGCACUCAAACAAACAUGUGGAAGAAAACAAUUUGGGUGAAAAGGACAAUGAUACAGGACUUAACGAAGCAGAUGAGCAAAGUGACGAUUGUUUGAACUGUGAUUUACACACAGAUGACACUGAACUGGAAGAUGGAGGAUUUGCAUUUGGAUUUAGUGUGCUUCCCACUGUAACUGAAGAGUAUCCCUACGAUGUGAUUGGCCCCACUGAUGAUGCUAGUGACACAUGUGAGUCAUGUGACACGGUUGAAACAGGGGAAAUAGGGGUAUGGCAACCGGAAAGGGCCACCAAGGACCUCUCUGGCUGUUUUCGAUUCACAUCCAGCACAGAGGAUGUGUUUGGGCCUUAUUCGGUCAUUGGAUCUCUUUCCCCUGAUGUGACCGACACUGCUGACCCAGAGUGGAGUCAGGAUGACGCUGAUGAUAAACCUUCGAUUGAACUGCAAACGGAAGCUGCUACUAACCAGGAACCUUACUAUAUGUCAUCAGAUGACGUGGACAAGCUGGAUGAUAAGCAAGCGCUCUCAGAACUGGGAGAUAUCGAGGAGGGCACCGAGCAAUCUGAUCAGCAAAAAGACAAAGAAAAAGCCAGCGAGUCAGCAGAUGAGUAUGCCGACAUUGACGAUUCACUCUGCCUUCAAGCUGAGGAAGAGCAGCAGGAGUGUGUCUCAUCGGAGGAUUACGUCGAGAUAGGUGAUGAUGACGAAGAGGAGGAAUUGGAAAAGAAACCUAUCAAAGGAAAAAGUGCAAAAGAGAGAUCAGCUAAACGAGACCAGACUUUUCUCAGCAAUCGAACAAGCUGCCAGCCUCGCCUCAGGCUGUGCAACAUCACAGUGCCAUCAGAAGUAGGCCGCACCCCGGAGCUCACUAACAGGAUGGUGUUCGCCCACACCACCGAGGCCUUUGAAGAAGAUAUUGAGGAACUGGACUGCCAUAUUGUGCCUUUCUAUGAGGACACAGACUCGGACAGCGAGGAGCAUAUAUAUGAAGAGGCGGGGUUUGACUCUGAAGGGGAGAACUUUGUGACUUUUGAUCGAAAGACUAUAGUCACACGAUCACGCUCUUAUUCUGGGAAAAUUACAGGUUACGUUCCAGAAACUGUACCAGAGGAGACAGGGACGGAGUAUCAGACUCAUGACUACUGCACAGUGGCCUUAGAUAAGAACAAUGAACCACUUAGCCAUUCACAGCAGCCUGGGGUCAACAGUUUGAUCCCGUCUACGAAAUCUCGCCGCUUCUUGUUUUAUUCCCGGUCUGCAGAGGGUCCAGAGUUGACCUUGACCUCCCCAACAGAGAUCAACAACUCUCUAAAGAAUGACAUCAGGAUGAAGAGGAAAGACAAUACCCUCUCGCUCCCAUGUGUCAUAACUUCUUCUGGGAGCUUCUCCCAGCGUAGCCAUCAAUCAUCCAGUGGAGUUUCCACACCAACCUCUCUGGUGGACAUCCCGCCCCCCUUUGAGCUGGCAUACAUCGCUAAAAGACCAGUCACCAAGAGUUCUCCAUCCCUAAUGAUCCAGCAUGAACCCAGUGACAUACCCCAGAAGAAGAAGUCCUCCUUCAAGCGCUUCCUGGCACUCAAGUUCAAGAGGAAGUCAGAUUCGAAGGGUGUCAGUGAUGGAAGUGUUCGCUCUUCACGCUCUUCCUCCGAGUCCAGCCACCACGGCCCAGUAAGAGUCAUAGAGCUCGAUCGUAGAAGCACCGGCAGCUCUCCUUCGCUUCAGAACCACAUUGUGAACCGCCCAAACCCCAACCUGCCAUCAUCCUUAUUCCUCUACAAAGACCCCCAGAGGAGGAAAGGUGACCCCAAAACUUUUGGCAGAGGCAUCUCCAGAGUGGAGUCCUUCGAGGAACGUUCUCGGCGCUCCGCCAUGCCGCUGCCUUUAACCAAACCACGCUCCAUCUCCUUCCCCAGUGCUGACACCUCGGACUAUGAGAACAUCCCGGCCAUGAGCUCAGACUAUGAAAACAUCCAGAUCCCCAACAGACCCACCAGAUCCCACACUGUGACUGAGUUCUUUGAAGACCCAAAUCGUGCUACAGUUGCCUGCAAUGAGAAUGAUGGAUAUGUGGAUAUGAACAGUUUUGGGAUUGACAUUACCCAGAUAUCGAAAGAAGACCCUGAAAGUGCCUACACAGAGCCUUUCCCGAUGAACGCCGUCUCUGCCGGGCUGUCAGCGGACGAGGACCACGGGCGCACUUCAGAGGAGGAAGAGGGGGCGGCUGAGCAGUAUGACCGACAGAUUGAUGGCCGAUCCCGAGCGUUCUACGUCGCCAAAGAGCUGGUCGACUCAGAGAGACUACACGUCAGCGCCCUCAAGUACCUUCAAGAGGACUUUAGGUCUGCAGUGAUGGAGGCGCUGGGGGAGGAAGAGGAGCCUGUGCUGGAGGAGCAGAGGUUAGGAGAGAUAUUGGGCAUGCUCCCCCAGGUCUACACCCUCCACAGCAGCAUCCUUACUGAGCUGGAGGAACGCAUUACUCAGUGGGAGGAGAGCCAAAGGGUGGUCGAUGUGAUCCUGUCACGUCGCGAGGACUUUGGGGUGUUUGACACCUUUAUCUCAGAGUAUGAUCGCAGCAUGUUCCUACUGGAGGAAAGCUGCAAAGACAACCAGGCCUUCACCAACAUCGUUAGGAAAUUUGAGACACGAAGCCCAGAAGAAGCUGAAAUCCCACUGAAACACCAGCUGCUGCAGGUCAUAGUGAGAGUGCUUCAAUAUCGAAUGCUACUCACAGAUUACCUGAACAACCUCUCUCCUGAUUCUAAAGAAUAUGAGGACACGCAAGCUGCCUUGGUGAUCGUGUCCGAGGUGGCAGACCAGGCCAAUGACAACCUGAAACAGGGGGAGAACUUGCUGCGUCUGGUCCACAUCGAAUACAGCGUGAAGGGCAAGAGGGACCUCCUGAAGCCCGGAAGGAUGUUUGUCAAAGAGGGCACUCUGAUGAAGGUCUCGAGGAAAAGCAGGCAGCCUCGACACCUGUUUCUGAUGAACGAUAUAAUGCUGUACACCUACCCACAGCAGGAUGGAAAAUACAGGCUUAAGAACACGCUGUCUUUGUCCGGGAUGAAGGUGAGCAAACCCCUCCUCGACGACGUGCUGAACUGUCUUAGGAUCGAGGUGUCUGACAUCACCAUAACACUGUCAGCCAGUUCAGUGGGAGAGCGUGAGGACUGGUUCCACACUCUGAGUCGGGCUGUAGCCGACCACGCUGCAGGACUCUGUACGUUUGGUGGACCCUGCAGUGAGGCCCGUGAGAAGCUGUGGAUGGCACUGGGUGAAGCUGCUCCUUUGCUGGUGCCGGUUUCUCAUGUGAUGAUGUGCAUGAACUGCACCUCUGACUUCAGCCUCACACUGAGACGACACCACUGCAACGCCUGUGGCAAGGUGGUGUGCAGGUCUUGUUCCAGGAACAGAUACCCUCUGAAGUACCUCAAAGACAGGGUGGUUAAAGUCUGUGAUCACUGCUAUACUGAGCUCAGGAAAAGAGGUGGCAGCUUGUCGGGGGCGUGCGGGAACUCCAGCCCUCGGACUCACCGGGCCAGCCGUCCGCUCUCUGCUGUCUUCCAGAGCCUGCAGCCCCCGAGCCUGUGGAAGAGCCGAAAGACCACCUCCCCUCUCAACCAGGUGUCGCUUACAGUGGAGGGCUCCACCAUGAGCGGCAGCCUGCAGCGGAGAAAGAAGAGCAAGAGGAAGUGGAAGCGGCUCUGGUUCCUCCUCAAAGACAAGGUGCUCUACACCUUCACAGCCCCGGAGGAUAAAGUGGCUUCAGAGAGUCUACCACUGCAGGCCUUCACGGUCAAGCUGACCGAGAGGCCGGAGGGAGAAGAGAGCAGCAACGUCUUCCAUCUGUAUCACAAGAAAACCCUGUACUACACCUUCAGGGCGGAGGAUCCUAACACUGCACGAAGGUGGGUCAAUGCCAUGGAGGAGGCUACUGUUUUAUAGCACCCGCUCAGUAAAAUGAACGCGCCCUGCUGUGUGACUGCUAGGACUCUGUGGAGCACAACAUGGCUACCUGCUGCUUCUGAACUCAGACCUGCUGUGGAAUAUUAUUUGUGAAACGAAUCACCAGGAGGGGAUCUUAGACAAGGCUGCCACCCAAUGGUAGGAAGUGGAGGAUGGAAACGGAUCCAUCCUAGUUCAAGGAAGACUUUAUAUUUCAGGAGCAGCUUGGAUACAUCAAACGCUUCAUCCAAAAUAACUGUUUCACCAUCAUUCACAAAAGGUCCCACUGGAUUAUUAAACUGAGCAUCCUUCAUUUUUACUCAGUUCCUGCUUGUGUUCUGCGAUGAGUAUAACUUAACAAACACACGUUGCUCCAUAGUAAUAUUUGCAGCUAGAAAAAAAGGGAAAAUAUUGGUCGCUGUUUUAGAACAAUAUUUGGUAUUCUGAAUAUACAUUGUGAAAUAUACACUUGCAGAUAUUGUAGUGAAUUAUAGGAUUUGUUUGUAUAGAAAAUGCUGAUGUUUUGAGGUCAUCACCCCAGUGUGUGUACAUUAUAUUUCUUGUGGAGUUUUACACAAUGUUACUAUUAUAUUGAAUUUACAAAGCUACUGAAUGGCCCUCAGCAUGACAUCCACUCAGCAGUAUUUCUAAAGAUGAAACCUUUGAAAGACUCUUUGUAUUUGAAUAUGUAUGUUUUGAGAAAAAAAAGUCAAACCGUUUCAAAGUGCCGAUUGAUUUCCUCCAGUUGAAUGCAGUGCAAUUUGCAAUCGAUGAUGAAUGUGUCUGAAAUUAAAUUGUACUCUUUGUUCAUUAUAUUAUCAAA